UCCAAGAAACACUCUCAUCCCCACCAUCCGCCUCCCAAGCUGAGAACAUCCACCUCCUCACAUUCCUGGCUCCUCUCGCUCUCCCGCGAAGUCGAGGCUUUUCAAAUCCGGUGAUGGAAAGCAGAGAGGAGGUGGCGGUGAGGUCGGCGGAUGGAGCCACCGGAAUCUCCACGCGAGAACCGCAGGGGAAACCGGUCCAUAGGAGCUGCCUGAGCCCAGGCACUGCGCCCUACUCCCGGGAGAGGACUACGGAGCUGGUGCCGGAGGAGAGCGCAAAAAGGAGCAUGUGUGCCGACGCCAGAUCGCUCCCCGUAUCCUCCUCCGGGGUAAGGCAUCACAAAGACGGCAGCAGCUCGGACAACGAGUCGGACUUCUAUGAGGAAAUCGAUGUGAGCUGCACGCCUGAGAGCAUGGACUACCCAAUGGUUAAUGGUCGAAAUGUAGAUUCCCCUGGUCAUUCUCCGGGUGAGACCGGUGCAGAUCCGAGUAAGACAGUCCAGGGUCAGGGCUCUCUGGCCUAUGGAGCGGACCAGAUCCGCCGGUAUCGAACAGCGUUCACCCGGGAGCAAAUCGCUCGUCUGGAGAAGGAGUUCUACCGGGAAAACUACGUGUCCAGGCCAAGAAGAUGCGAACUGGCGGCUGCACUAAAUCUACCCGAAACCACCAUUAAAGUGUGGUUCCAGAACCGCAGAAUGAAAGACAAACGCCAGCGCUUGGCCAUGACGUGGCCUCACCCCGCCGAUCCGGCCUUCUACACCUACAUGAUGAGCCACGCUGCGGCAACGGGGAACCUACACUACCCCUUCCCUUCGCACCUGCCUCUGCCCUACUACUCACCUCUGAGCGUCGGUGUUGGAGGCAACCCAGCCCCCGGUGCCACGCCCUUUUCAACCCCGCUGAGAUCCCUUGACAGUUUCCGAAUGUUGUCUCACCCCUACCAGAGGCCAGAGCUUCUAUGCUCCUUCAGGCACCCUUCCUUAUACCCAUCAGGACCGACCCAUGGUCUCGGCCCGGGUGGGAGUCCCUGUUCCUGCCUGGCUUGCCACACAAGUCAGUCCAAUGGGAUCGCCAGCAGGCCAGCCGCCUCAGACUUUCCCUGCACUCCCACGAGCAGGACGGACGCUUUUGUCACUUUUACGCCAUCAAUUCUCAGCAAAACUUCACCUGUGACAUUAGACCAAAGGGAAAAGGUGCCUCUGACCAGAUGAAACCAAACAAAGUAAAUCUGUCUGCGUUAUCGGAGCAGGACUAAAACAGCAUGAAGAAAUCGGUGAACAAGCAGGCGCACAACGGAUCUACCCUAAUUAGAAUAUCAUCCCCUUUCAUAGCCAGGACAGAAAAAUAAAAAUAAAAAAAAGAAAGAAGGGAUUUCCAGAAGAUCACUUUAAUGGUCCCAUUGAAAUCUUAUAUCACUGUUAUUGCUUGUCUCCAAAACAGUCUACCUGUAGGCCUAUUGUAAGUUACGCAAGACUGAUGCGUUCCAUCUCUCUUUUUUAACUAGGGGUUUUUUUUCCUAUAAAGCAGACUAUAGCCAUCUCAUUAGAAGCAACCCUCAACAUCGGGGUCCUGGUGGAGGCAGCGGCGUCGGUGGCACGGGCCGAAAUGUGCACAUGCAAGUAAAAUUAGUAAGUGAUGUAUAUGUAAGAGUCGUUGAAUUAAUGGCAAUACUAGCAGAAAGGGAUCGUUGCUGCCAAAAGGUAUAACAAGGCGCCGAGGGAUCGGAUUACUGAACAGCGCUUAGGCUACUGCUUGGUGCAGGAGAUGGAUCGGGGAGGGAGGGGGACCCAGAGGAGGAUGGAGAAGGGACAAUCACAAUGAGGAGAAAAUAGUAAGACACCAAGCACUCUUCCUUUUUUUGCAUUCCUCCCUUGAUAAUAUGACGCACCGAUUUUAUAUCCGAUCAAAUGAAAUCAAGUCAUAGAUUUUUUUUAUGUCUACGCUUAAGCAGAAAAUCGACCUGUGGUUGGAAAAUAAAGUCCUUUUGACAAGACAUAUAUUUAUCUUUCAUCGGUUUUCAGAAUUGAAAGCAAAAAUGUGUCUACUUAAGGACAUAACCUGUUUGUAAAAGGUGAAUCGACCACAUAGAAUUGGCUAAACUUUUCUGACACCCAAUGUUGUUAUUUGAGUUAAAAUUAGAUAUCUCAAAAUUACAAUUGUGCGACUUUUUUCUUUAUUAUUUUUAAUAAACGCAAUAACUGACCGACCCUAAAUGACUUUACAAAAGAAGGUUAUAAAAGUCCAGUGUUUGUUUUGGGUAGCUCUAUAUUUUGUUGUGUUCUCUUUAUUCGUUUUGUGUUGUUAUUAUUAUUAUUAUUGUUAUUAUUAUUUGUGCUUAUUUGUUCAUGAUUUUCAGACUGUAAUAUCUGAUUUGUAAUAAAUUAUAUCAAUGUGUCAUUUU